UUUGCACAUAUUUAAAGUGUCUAGCUAGCUCAGGGAAUAUUUGAAAUGCUGAGGACUUGCGAGAAACCCUCGAAUUUCCAUACGGAGACACUCUCUCUCAUCUCUCCACUCACCAACGCAAGGGGUCCUGGCCAGCUUAAUUUGGAUCCGCAUGUUGCUUGGAUGGAACUCAAGUGAUUUUGUGGGUCAAUAGCUGGCCCCGGAAGCUAGGGUUCAAGCUAGACCUUGAUCCUCUACCACAAAUACACUUAUACAUACAUAAUCGUACUUAUCAAACGUGUAUCUAACAAUGACUCGCGAUAGGAUUGAAAUAUCAAAUGAAGAUAAGAGUGAUGGAGGAUUCAGUGAUGUUCAAUACAAAACCAACUCUUCAAUAGACAGUUGUGAUCAGAAAUGCUUGUCAUUUGACUUGAAUGAAGCUGCAGAUAUGGAAAAUGAUGAGAAUGGUCUCAGUGCUGAUGAGGAUGCUAACUCUUUGUCCGACAAUGAAAAUAAUCUUGACGAGGCGGCAUCACCAAAGGUUGAUUCUUCGUGCGGUAAUAACAACUGCUCGAGCGACGAGGGAAAAGAGAGAACGGCGACGGUUCGGCAAUACAUGCGGUCCAAAAUGCCGAGGCUUCGUUGGACUCCAGAGCUCCACCUUGCUUUUGUGCAUGCAGUUGAAAGGCUAGGAGGCCAAGAAAAAGCAACUCCAAAAUUGGUGCUUCAGUUGAUGAACGUGAGAGGACUCAGCAUUGCCCAUGUAAAGAGUCACUUGCAGAUGUACCGAAGUAAGAAGCUCGACGAAUCUGGGCAAGUUCUAUCUCUAACAAGCGUGCUACAAGGAAGAGAUCAUCACCAGAUUCAAGAAAUCUAUGGAAGAUUCAGUUCUCACGAGAGCUACCGAAAGGACAGUCGAAGCCCUUUUCUCUCGCCAUUUUUUAAGCACGCACUCGACUUCAAAGCAAAUUCCACUAGAUAUGCCCAACCCUGGGCUAAUUUGGCCGACCAAACGACGAGCCCUACACUAUUUGCAAGUUCAGCCGCUGCGUUUCAGAACAGGCACAAGUUGGAUGGUUCAAUGACAUCGUUGUUCAGCAUGAAAGCCGAUGGGUUGAUGAGAAAUAAUAUGAGGGGAAUCAUGAGACCGAGCAGGUUUCUCGAGGAGAAGAAAUGGCCUCCGCGUGAAUUCAUUGGGAGCCAUGUUACUAGAACAAGGAGUUGCUCAAACAUAUAUCUGGACGAUGCUUUUAACAGUAGUAUUGCACAGCCUUCAUCAAUAUGGAGCACCAUGAACAAGUUCAACCAAACCAAUUCAUGCACUCACAUGCACAUCUCAUCAUCGGCUGGUGAUAUUGUUGGUAAAUCUCAGCUUGAACCCUCGUCUCGGCUGGAGUUCCGGAGAUUGCAAGAGAGAAGAAUGCAGCUCAACAAUGAAGAUGCGAGUCCGUGUUUGGAAAGAGCGAAAGAGAAGAAAUGGCUGCCCGAUCUACAGUUGAGUCUUAGCCGCAACGAGUUUGUCAGAAAUUUAGACGAACUAAGAAGGAAAGAAGCAGAUACGACUCUCUCGCUCUCCUUGGCUUCCCCAUGUUCGUCGAGUCAAGAAAAAGUACCGUGAAGAAUCGAAGAGUAUUUAUCUGUAAUCUGUGAAGAAAAGCAAAUCGAUCGUGUUCGUGCUUUAGGCUGCUUUUGGGUUGAGUACUCAAGAUCUGACCAUGUCAAUGAGCAGAGGAGUGAGAUCUUGUGUAGUACUCGAACUCAAUGGCCAAAAUAUUGGAGAGUUUCAUUACAUGCAAUGUUUCCGUUUGAUGUCAUGUUAAA